GUUUAAUAUAAUGCAUUAUUUACUACAAAACAGAUUUACUAAAUAAUUACUGUUUAGUUUUUCUGUUAGUUAAAUAAAAACAAUAGAUAUUUGAACUUAUGAUAUGUCAUCAAAGAGUUUAGAAACGGUUUGAUGGAUUUCCGAUGAUCAUCAGUGAUGUCAGUCCUGAGAAACUUGCUUAUACUUCUAGAAAUGGUUAUAAACAGAGAAGGUUUAGUAGAUUGAUUGGAAAUUUUAUAAAAUACACAUUUGUUUAAAAUGUCUACCGUAAUAGAACAUGUUGAAGAACCUGUGCAAAUGCAGACACAAAAUAUUAUCAUCAUUCAUCCUGGAUCCCUAUAUGUUAAAAUCGGUCGAGCAUCUGACUUAAAUCCUUGCACUGAACUACAUGCUGUUGCAAGGAAAAGGCUUCCUGGUGGACUUGUUCAUAGAGAUCCAAUAUUACCUCCACUGAUCCCAAAACUCAAGGAUCUGGAAGCCGAGAGGGAUGCUUGUCGCCUUCAGGUGUCACAUACGCUUGGCUCUUGUUUGAUGUCCAACAAUCAGCGAAGGUAUGUCACCCCACCUCAACAAAUAUCAGCUUUCAAUAAAAGAGUAAUUCCAGAAGUAGUUGCUGAAAUUGGUGCUAGCUGGGUUAAAUCGGAGGAAAAUGUUGUAUUUGGUGAUAGUGUGUUACAUCUCAAUCCUGCCUUGGAUUUUAAUGUUCACUUUCCCAUGAAACGAGGAGAUCUUAACCGACAUUCAGGUGUAGGAGGUUCUCUUACAGGUGUUCUUGCAGAUUUACAAGCCAUAUGGUCAUGGGUUAUUAGUGUUAGAUUGGGUAUACCUCUUCAAGAUUUAAAGAAUUACCGAGCUGUUCUUGUUAUACCUGAUAUUUAUAAUAGACAGUAUUUAAAAGAAUAUGUGACACUUUUACUGGAUAUGGGGUUUUCAUCGUGUUUCUUACUGCAGGAUCAUGUAGCAGCCACAUUUGGUUGUGGAGUUGGGACAGCUUGUGUUGUUGACUGUGGACAUUCUAAAACAUCGGUUUCUUGUGUGGAAGAUGGUAUAUCUCAUCCUGCUACUAGAGUACGCUUACCAUAUGGAGGAGGUGAUAUAACACAAUGCUUUUACUGGCUACUGAAAAAAUGUGGGUUUCCUUAUCAAGCAGAUCCUGAUUCAUUUCAUGACAACAUGUUACUUGAUAAACUAAAGCAAGAUGCUUGCCACAUUGAAUUAGAUAUUUGUGGUUGCAAGGAGUUAACGUUUACAGUCAAUAAACCAGAUUCCCCUGUAUAUAAAUAUACUAUUCAAAGUGGUGAUGAAGCAAUCAUUGCUCCACUUUCUUUAUUUUACCCAGAAUUAUUGAUACUGACAGGACCUAAACAGAUAUCGACUCAAGGGGCUAAUACAGGUGAUUCUACUGAUCCACACGAUGCAGAUUAUUUACGAGAAACAGGUAGGAAGAAGGAGUGUGAAGUUGAGGCAGACGAAGAGCUUGCAGAAGUUGAGGCAUCUGGUUCAGGAGAAUUUUGUACCAACGAAGGAGGUCUACUCCCUCUUGACCAAGCUAUUUUGCAAAGUAUACAAAAAUGUGGCUCUGAUGAUCUCAAAAGAAAAAUGUAUUCGUCCAUACUUCUUAUAGGAGGAGGUUUGAAAUUUAAAGGAAUAAUAUCUUGGUUAGAAAAAAGGCUUUCUCAACAAAUUCCUAUUCCUCCAAAAGAUGAUGGUGAGCGUAGUGUUAUGGAGGGAAAAGAUGCUGCAGCUGUUUGGAAAGGGGCUGCCAUUCUUGCUUGUCUUGAAUCUGCCGGUGAACUGUGGAUUUCAAAAGAUGAAUGGCUCAGAUUUGGAAUCAAAUUGAUACGAGAAAGAGGACCAUUCCUUUGGUAGCUAAUAAUGUUACCACUUAAUUUUUAUAUUACCGAAGACUGAUUUGUCGAUUAACUGUUCUGAUUGAUUUUAAUUGUACUACAUCCAUUUAUAAUAUUUAAUUUCUUCCUCUUUUAUACUUUUAUAGUUAUUUGAUUCUUAAAAUAAAUAAAUUUUUAUCAGUGCAUACUUGUUCUUUUAUUAAUUUUUAAGUUUACUGUUUGUAACUUAUUAUAAGUAGUACCAUAACAUAUGCAUUGUAUUCCAUAUUGAUGGAAAAUUAUUUUCAUUAUACAUUGUUACAUUAA